AUGCCUCCCGACGUCUUCGGUCUCGCGGUCGUCGAUGAUCUCGUCACGGGCCCGGCGGCGGUGGUGGUGGUGGUGGUGGAGGAGGAGUAUUUUCCGAGGUUGCUCGUCGAGGCGUUGGCCGGGUGCCGGGUCCGCGUAAGCCCGGAUUCUCUGGUGGAAGACGACCUCGUCAGGCCGGCGAGGGCGCUCGUUCUCGACGGCGGCGCCGGCUGGGGCCCCGAGCCGACGGAAGCUCCUGUGGCGGCGGCAUCUCGCUGGCGUGUGGGCGCCGUCGGGGGGUUUCGUCGAAAGAGAGUGGAUAUGGGGUUCGACUUCUUCUUCGCGGCGGCAGCGUCAGUACCGGCCGUCGUGCUGGCGACGCUGGCGCCGGAAACGCUGCGCGUCGUCGGGCGCGACCGGGGCGCGGGGAGUCUGCUCGGGGACCCCGGGCACUGGUCCGAGGCCGUCGAUGUUGUUGCUGCUGCUGCUGCGGCGGCGGCGUUUCCGGUCGCGGUCGGGGGCAGGUCUGUCGAGGAGCCCUGCGUCGGCUUCCGCAGCGAACGUGUGCGAGCCACGGACGAGGACAUGAUUGGUUUCGGCGGUCACGCGGGUGCUCGACGCCUCUCGCAUCGGCGGUCGAGUCCAAUUAAGGAUGCGGGCCCCCCUUCUCGUUUGGGAUGGAAUGCCGGCAGAUCGGAAAUAAAUUAA